UCCACAUUCGAGAUACGCUACAUAUGUAUGUAUGUAAUACAUCCAUAUCAGUGUAAAAAGGUGCGUUAUUUGUGUGAGUUUCGUCAUCGUGGUUGUCAAAAGGUCUGAUAAAAAAUUUAGUUUAUAGAGAUAAUCAAACGUUAAACAAAAUGUUAGGACACCCUCCCGCGUGUGUUAUUGAUGUAGGAACAGGGUAUACAAAAUUAGGAUUCGCUGGAAAUCGUGAUCCACAGUUGACCAUUCCAUCGGCGAUAGCCAUCAAGGAAACUGCGAAAGUCGGUGAUAAUUCAGCCAGGCGUGUGACCAAGGGCGUGGAGGAUCUCGACUUUUAUAUCGGCUAUGAAGCAUUUAAUUCACCUGGUUAUUCUAUCAAAUAUCCUGUUAGACAUGGACUCGUUGAAGACUGGGACUUGAUGGAGAGAUUUCUUCAACAAUGCAUUUUCAAGUAUCUAAAGGCAGAGCCUGAAGACCAUCACUUUCUCCUCACAGAACCUCCUCUGAACACACCAGAGAAUCGAGAAUAUCUUGCUGAAAUAAUGUUUGAAUCUUUCAAUGUUCCCGGACUAUAUAUCGCUGUCCAAGCUGUCUUGGCAUUGGCUGCCUCGUGGACAGCUAAAACCGUGGAGAACAGAGUGUUGACUGGUGUGGUAGUGGACAGUGGGGAUGGUGUUACUCACGUUAUUCCAGUGGCCGAGGGUUUCGUUAUAGGGAGCUGCAUAAAGCACAUUCCAAUUGCCGGAAGGGAUAUAACUUACUUCAUACAGAGUCUCUUGAGGGAACGAGAAGUCGGUAUCCCUCCAGAACAAUCACUCGAGACUGCCAAAGCAAUUAAGGAGAAGCAUUGCUACAUAUGUCCUGACAUUGCCAAAGAGUUUUCUAAGUACGAUACUGAUCCAACCAAGAUAAAACAGUACACUGGAAUCAAUAACAUUACACAACAAUCGUUCAAUGUUGAUGUGGGUUAUGAGCGCUUUUUAGGUCCUGAAAUUUUCUUUCAUCCUGAGUUUGCGAACCCCGAUUUUACGACUCCCUUGGGAGAAAUUGUAGACGAUGUCAUUCAAAGUUGUCCCAUCGACGUGAGGAGACCAUUAUACAAGAAUAUUGUGCUCUCCGGUGGAUCAACAAUGUUCAAAGACUUUGGGAGGAGAUUGCAGAGGGAUAUGAAAAAAAUGGUUGAUACACGGUUGAAAUUGAGCGAAAAAUUGAGUGGUGGUCGUAUUACGCCAACUGCGAUCGAUGUGCGUGUAAUUUCUCAUCCUAAGCAGCGCUGUGCUGUUUGGUUCGGUGGUGCUCUGUUAGCCAAUGAGCCUGAAUUCUAUCAGGUGUGCCAUACGAAAAAGGAUUAUCAAGAGUACGGGCCUGGUAUCUGUCGUUACAAUCCAGCUUUUCGCAGUCUCUUGUAAACUUUCAAAGUAUUCAAAGCAGAAAAAAACCGUGCAGACAAGUGAAAUUUUAGCUAAUCAAUUUCCAUAAUUUUACCACUUUUUUUACCGUAUAUUUUAUAUGAAUUUUUGUGCAAUCUAUUGCUCAUCAAAACUGAGUAUUAUGUCCGGUAUGAAAUAUUAUUCAACUAAUGCUAUUUGAAGCAAGUGAGAACCUUUUUCAACGCACAUCACAAGUGGAAAUUUCUCGUGCUCAUUGAUUCAAUUGGGAGGAAAGAAGUUAACAUUAAUUAAUAGUAAGAGUGAAUAAUGACGACAAACCUUGAUAAAGUAAAAUGAAUUUUCAAAAUUUCCGUAUUCGAAUUCAACGUAAUAUGAUUGUAAAUAGACAUCCUGGGGUUUUUGUUAAAUAGUUAUGUCGUGUUUUGAUCUUUUGUCAUUGAAAUCGUUCGGUUUACUGGUAUUGAGUUGCGUUUAAUGAAAAUAGUAUGUAAUGUCAAUAAAGUUUUUCAUAAUUUGCCGAAUUCA